UAAAAGGAAUGACACGUGGCCGUAAUAUUUAACGUUUAGAAUCUGUAUAGGUUUCGUGCAUCAUUCGAUAUAUACGUUGAACGAUUAUUAAAGUUGUAAACUACUUACAUAAUUUAAGAGAAACAAUAUAUAAUUGACAAUGGCAAAAUCACGAGCUACUAAUAAACCUCCGCGGAAGCAAGGUUUUAAUCGUUCAGGACAUAGCAUGAAUCCUGAACGUCCUACAGAAGGACUGAAAGGUGUUGCUAAAGUACGAAGCAAAGCAACUAUAAAAAGAUUACAGAUGUAUCGCAAUCAGAAACCUAAACGUAAUCGUGUUGGUGAAAUCAUUAGCCCUGCACCGUUUCAAGGUUGGCAUAGUUCUGGUACCAUGUCACGUGUGGAACCAUCUCGAAGAUGGUUUGGAAACUCAAGAGUUAUUUCUCAAAAUGCUUUACAAAAGUUUCAAGCUGAAUUAGGCUCUGUUAUGAAAGAUCCCUAUAAAGUUGUCAUGAAACCUACUCAAUUGCCUGUAACUUUGCUUCAGCAGAAAGCAGCAAACACAAAAGUACAUCUAUUAGAUACAGAGAGUUUUGAAAGUGUAUUUGGUCCAAAAAAGCUUAGGAAGAGGCCAAAUUUAACAGUAACUUCAUACGACGAGCUACAAAAACUAGCUGAGGAAAAAGAAGAUACUUACAACAAAGAUAAAAAUACCAAAGAUCAUGAUCUUAUUCGUGAAGACACGGGUGUAAAGGAUGCGCAGAGAGACUGGGUGAUGGCAGCAGGACAAAGCAAACGGAUAUGGAACGAACUGUACAAAGUUAUCGACUCCUCCGACGUUGUCUUACAGAUAUUAGACGCGAGAGACCCGAUAGGCACUAGAUCUCCGCCUGUGGAGAAAUACCUGAAGACCGAGAAAUCGCACAAGCAUCUGAUAUUCAUUUUAAAUAAAGUGGAUUUGGUACCGACGUGGGCCACACAGAGAUGGGUCGCUAUUCUGAGCAAGGAACAUCCAACGAUUGCGUUCCACGCUUCCCUCACGCAUCCUUUCGGUAAAGGCUCUUUGAUCAAUCUGCUGAGACAGUUUGCUAAGUUGCAUGUUGAUAAGAAACAGAUCAGUGUAGGUUUCAUAGGAUAUCCCAAUACGGGGAAAAGCUCCGUCAUAAAUACCCUGCGCUCCAAAAAAGUCUGCAAAGUAGCACCUAUCGCUGGCGAGACGAAAGUGUGGCAAUAUAUAACUCUAAUGCGCCGCAUCUAUCUGAUAGAUUGUCCCGGUGUUGUUUAUCCCUCAGCAGAAACUGAUACAGAGAAAGUGUUGAAGGGAGUCGUAAGGGUGGAACUUGUUCAGAACCCGGAAGAUUACGUGUCAUCCGUUUUGGAGAGAGUGAAGCCCGAAUACAUGCGAAAAACUUACAAGAUCGAGGAGUGGGAGGAUCAUAUUGAUUUCUUAGAAAAGUUGGCGCGUCGCAGCGGUAAACUUUUAAAGAAGGGAGAACCCGACAUCACGAUCGCGGCGCGUAUGGUAUUGAACGAUUGGCAACGUGGUAAAUUACCGUUUUAUGUCCUACCUGUGGGUUUCGAAGAACCGCUAUCUAAACAGCCAGUAAUUGACAACACAGCAAUUGAGCAAGAUAAGAUAGCAAAACUGAUUUAUAACGAAGGGAUAGAAGAAGUUGAUAGUCAGUCUCAGCAGAAGUCAAUGAAAAACCCAAUAACAGUAAUGCAAGAUUUUAGAAAGAUUCGCGUCGGCUUGCAAUAUUCCGGCGACGAUGUCAAGAAUGAUCUCUACGUGAAUCAGGAUAAAUCUCUUCAAGUAGAGGGUGAAAGUGACAUGGAGAGUGAGUCGGAAUCAGCAGAUGAAUUGGAAUUGAAGGAAGAUAGCUCCUGUACAACAAAAGAUAAAACUAAUACAGAUCCACAGGAAUCGGAUAAUUUAAAUAAUUUAGAAGAUAAAGAAUGCCAUUAUCCUAACGACGAAAAUAACGAUGAGGACAACGAUAACGUUAUUGAAAAGAGUGACGAAAAGACAGAGAAGGAAGUAUCAGCUGUGAAUAAAGACGAUAAUGACCAUUCUGAUACAGAAAUUCGAUUGCCUAUUGAAGAAGACAAUUUAAAACAGAAUGUGUUUGACAUGGCAAACAAAGAUUACGAUUCCAGCGACAGUGAGAUGUUUGCUACCGAGACAGUCUGCAGCAGCGGUACGUUCGCUAUCUCAUCCGAAUGUUCUGCAAAUAAAGAAAAAACAUUGGAGAAGAAAUUAACGAGCAAACAGCGAAGAGCUCUAGAACGUGCUAAUAAGAGAAAAAAAGUUGGAAACAAUUUCUACGAAGUCACGAACGUGAAGAACAGGAAUAGAAACAGGAAAAUUCCAAAGAUCAAGAGGAAAUAAUAAAGCGUUUCGUCGAAAAAUGACUGCAUUUAGCGUGAUUGUGCCUGUACUCCUGAUUAUUUGGGAUUUUUUCCGUGUAAAUCCAUUAUGAUUGAAUUCUUAUUCUCAUAAUUCUUAUUCAACCUGUUGAUUACGAGUAUCUGCUAACAACUACAAGAAAGAAAACAUGGUAAAUUGUGGAUGAAUUCUCUGGAACUAUAAUUACGAUUUACACAAAGUAUGACAAAAUUUAUGAGAAUAAAUACAUGUAGUAUAACAUAUGACAAAUUGUUACGGAAAAAAAUGAAAAUGAAUAUAUGGAUUUUACCAGUGAAA